AUGGCCGAGCCAAGGGCGCACGACCAUAAGCAGCCGCGCCGGCACCGGCGGUGCGCGUCGGCGUCGGAGGCGGUGCCGUCGCCCUCCGCGGCGCGGGAGGAGGAGGAGCGUCGGCUGCGUCGGUCCCCGCCCGUGGAGGCGCGGCGGGAGCGCGAGCGGCGGCGCGCGCGGGAGCAGCCCAGGUGCGGGGAGGUGGCGGGCGGGACGGCGGCGGAGUGCGCCGCCGUGUGCUGCUGCUUCCCCUGCGCCGUGGUGGAGCUCGUCGUUCUCGCGGCGGUGCGCGUGCCCGCCGCGCUCUGCCGCCGCGCCAUCCGCGCCCGGAGGCGGCGCCGGCGCGCGGCCCGCGCCGCGCAGGCCAAGAGGAAGGAGAUGGACGAGCUCGUCUCCGCGGACGCCACCCCCAGGGCGCUCGCGGCGGUGGCCAAGGACAGGAACGGCGACGCCAUGGACUUCUGCUACUGGGCGCCCAAGCACGACGAGCUCGCCGAGGUCGAGAAGGAGGUCUGGGCCAGCUUCCAGGGCGCCGGCUUCUGGCGGAGCCCGUCGCAGCGCGAGGAAAGGAGGUGAUCGCCGGUUACGCCGCCGCCAUCUUUCCCUGCAGCCCAUCCGGUUUCUUGCACUCGAUCCGUCACCCAACCCCGCCCAAUCCCGUUAGGAAAAAGAUUAACCCGGCCCAGCGAUUAAUCGUCUGCAGAUUAUUGCAGCC